AUAAAGCACAAAACCAUGAAGGUUUAAGGAGUUGUUUAGCUUCAGAUCGCUGUAAAACCGGGCUGUUACCCUCCACUAAAUCAGCUCCCUACGUCAUGUGAGAAAGGAAUACAUACAUCGGACUAUGAAAAAAGGAAACGUUUGCUGAGCGAAGCGACGCCUGGGAAAAAUACGACCGAAUGACCACAGGAGAGCUGUCAAACAAAUGGAUUUUCAGAUCUAUAAAUAGCCCCUAUAUUCAUGCGCAACUGUUUUAAAUAUUAAUUGAGCUUUUGCAUACCUGCUUUGAUUUUUCUUUGCUUUCGUUUCUUUUUUCUUUUUAAAAUAGCGGGACAGUGAGUUGUUUUUGGCUGUAUUUUGUUAACUUUUUGCUCAUUGCGCCUGUGGAUUACUGACUUUAUUUUGAUUUAUCGUUAUGAAAUUACAUUCUGAAAGGUGACAGUUUUCGGCGAGGUGGGUAAUUAGCAUACUGGAGGACUCCCCGGGUUCUGAACCGUCCCAUUUGUCAUCAGGUGUCCGUCGGAGAGAGGUCUUCUUUGGGAAGCAAAGCGCAGCAAUUGUCUGACGUCUUGUGAGCAUUUUAUCGGCCAUCCAGAAGAAGGAAAAAAACGGGGACUUCUUAUUUCUGACGAAAGAACAGCAGCUAGGCGGAGGGGUUUGGUCCUGGAUGUUGCAGACUUGCCCGAUCUCUUCUCGGUCUCUCAAUUCAGCUUUUCGGUAGCGUUUUUACGGACUUGAAGUUGGAUUUUUAAAAAAGAACAGUCUGGUCUUCCGACUUUCAGUGACAAGGUGAUGGAUGUCUAGAGGAAAAUCGACACCUUUUCUGCCGAGGUCCUGCGGUUAAAGCUUCUGCAUGAAUGGUUCGCAACCCAAGCUGUGAACAGCCAUUCGCACAGUCUCACCUGGACGGUCCGUGCGUUACAGGGAAAUCGGCGCAUCUAUGUGUGCAGUGUGCGCGUGUAUAUAUAGCUGUACAUUUCUCUGAUAUGUUUAACUGCGUGACGGAACCGUUGCAGUACCAGUGAUCCAGUCAGGAGCAGCGUACGACACUUGCGUUGGCUGGAGAAGUGACUUUAUUUCAAGCCGCCGCUUGCUGCACGCGCACGGCAAAACGACUCAAGACCUCGUCAUCGAAGUGUGUGCAAGGAAAUGUAAUUUAUUUAUUUUUUUAAAAAACCGAACAAUUCAUUCCAUUUAGAGAACCAACAGGUCACCGCUGCAGUUUAUUAGCAGCGUAGUUAUAUCGUUUUAGUUUACAUCGUCUUAUUAUUAUAGCAUUUGUAUAUUUCUAUAAAUAAAUAAAAACUCCGAGACCUCAGUAUACCUUAGUCAAAGCUUUUUUUUUUAAAUGUCGCGUUUAGGAAAUUUACUGCUGAAAAUGAGCAUAUUUAGGAUCGCGACGCUUUCGCUGGGACUGUUGCUGGUGGGUUUCAGCGUCGUGGAGACUCAGCCAUGCCCGGCUCAGUGCUCGUGCUCCGGAACAACGGUGGAUUGUCACGGGCAGGGAUUGCGCAACGUGCCGCGGAAUAUCCCCAGGAACACGGAGCGAUUGGAUUUGAAUGCAAAUAACCUUACAAGAAUUACUAAAUCAGAUUUUGCUGGAUUGAGGCAUCUCAGAGUAUUACAACUGAUGGAAAAUAAGAUCAGCACUAUCGAGAGAGGAGCAUUCCAGGACCUUAAAGAACUGGAGAGGCUACGUCUGAACAGGAAUAGCCUCCAAGUCCUCCCUGAGCUUCUCUUCCUGGGGACGAUGAAACUGUACAGACUAGACCUGAGCGAGAACCAGAUCCAAGGGAUCCCGAGGAAGGCCUUCCGAGGAGCGGUGGAGAUCAAGAACCUGCAGCUGGAUUACAACCAGAUCAGCUGCAUCGAGGACGGGGCGUUCAGGGCUCUGCGUGACCUGGAAGUACUCACGCUCAACAACAACAACAUCAGCCGCCUGUCCGUGGCCAGCUUCAACCACAUGCCCAAGCUCCGGACCUUCCGCCUGCACUCCAACAACCUGUUCUGUGACUGCCACGUGGCCUGGCUCUCUGAUUGGCUGAGGCAGAGGCCCCGCCUGGGCCUGUACACCCAGUGCAUGUCCCCCCCCCACAUGCGGGGGCACAACGUGGCCGAGGUGCAGAAGAAGGAGUUUGUGUUUGGCAUGCAAAGCAGCGGCCACCACUCCUCCGCCUCCUGCAGCGUCCUGCAGUGUCCCGACUCCUGCACCUGCAGCAACAACAUCGUGGACUGCAGGGGGAAGGGCCUGGCCGAGAUCCCCACCAACCUGCCGGAGACCAUCACCGAAAUCCGCCUGGAGCAGAACGCCAUCAAGGUCAUUCCGCCUGGGGCCUUCUCCCCCUACAAGAAGCUGAGAAGGAUAGACUUGAGCAACAACCAGAUUUCUGAGCUGGCUCCAGAUGCCUUCCUGGGUCUGCGGUCUCUCAACUCCCUGGUUCUGUACGGAAACAAAAUCACCGAGCUCCCCAAGGGCCUGUUCGAGGGGCUCUUCUCCCUGCAGCUGCUACUUCUGAACGCCAACAAGAUUAAUUGCCUGCGUGUGGAUGCGUUUCAAGAUUUGCACAACCUGAACCUCCUCUCCCUCUACGACAACAAGCUCCAAACCAUCGCCAAGGGAACGUUCGCCGCCCUUCGAGCCAUCCAAACGCUGCACCUGGCCCAGAACCCGUUCAUCUGCGACUGCCACCUGAAGUGGCUGGCCGACUACCUGCAGGACAACCCCAUCGAGACCAGCGGUGCCCGCUGCACCAGCCCCCGCAGGCUGGCCAACAAGCGCAUCGGUCAGAUCAAGAGCAAGAAGUUCCGCUGCUCAGGCACGGAGGACUACCGCUCCAAACUGGGCAGCGACUGCUUCGCCGACCUGGCCUGCCCCGACAAGUGCCGGUGCGAGGGCACCACGGUGGACUGCUCCAAUCAGAAGCUGACGCGCAUCCCCGACCACAUCCCCCAGUACACGGCCGAGCUUCGUCUCAACAACAACGAGUUCACAGUUCUGGAAGCGACCGGCAUCUUCAAGAAGCUCCCCCAGCUCCGAAAAAUCAACCUGAGCAACAACAAAAUCACGGACAUCGAGGAGGGCUCUUUCGAGGGGGCCGUGGGGGUCAACGAGCUCAUCCUGACCGGGAACCGUCUGGAGAACGUUCACUACCGCAUGCUGAAGGGCCUCAGCGGGCUCCGGACUCUGAUGCUGCGGAGCAACCGGAUUGGCUGCGUGAGCAACAGCAGCUUCACCGGCCUGAGCUCCGUCCGCCUGCUGUCCCUGUACGACAACCAGAUCACCGGCAUGACCCCGGGAGCCUUCGACACGCUGCACUCUCUGUCCACGCUGAACCUCCUGGCCAAUCCCUUCAACUGUAACUGUCACCUGGCCUGGCUGGGGGAGUGGCUGAGGAAGAAGAGGAUCGUCACGGGCAACCCCCGAUGCCAAAACCCCUACUUCCUGAAGGAGAUCCCCAUCCAGGAUGUGGCCAUUCAGGACUUCGCCUGUGACGAUGGCAAUGACGAGAGCAGCUGCUCGCCCCUGACCCGCUGCCCGGCGGAGUGCACCUGCCUGGACACGGUGGUGCGCUGCAGCAACAAGGCCCUGAAGACCCUGCCCAAGGGCAUCCCCAGGGAGGUCACCGAGCUGUAUCUGGAUGGAAACCAGUUCACCCAGGUUCCAAAGGAACUCUCCACUUACCGGCACUUAACACUCAUUGAUUUAAGUAACAACCAGAUCAGCACCUUGUCCAACCAAAGCUUCAGUAACAUGUCUGAACUGCUUACCCUAAUUUUGAGCUACAAUCGGCUGAGGUGCAUUCCAGUGAAGGCCUUCGAUGGAUUGAAGUCUCUCCGGCUCCUGUCUCUUCACGGGAACGACAUCGCUGUGAUUCCAGAGGGCGCCUUCCAGGACCUCUCUGCACUUUCACACCUAGCCCUGGGCGCCAACCCGCUGUACUGUGACUGUAACAUGCAGUGGCUUUCCGAGUGGGUGAAAUCCGGGUACAAGGAGCCUGGCAUCGCCCGGUGCGCCGGGCCGGGGGAGAUGACCGACAAGCUGCUCCUCACCACGCCCUCCAAGAAGUUCACCUGUCAAGGGCCCGUGGAUGUGAGCAUCCUGGCCAAGUGCAACCCCUGCCUCUCGAACCCGUGCAAAAACGACGGCACCUGCAACAACGACCCCGUGGACUUCUACCGAUGCACCUGCCCGUACGGGUUCAAGGGCCAGGACUGCGACGUUCCCAUCCACGCCUGCAUCAGCAACCCCUGCAAGAACGGAGGAACGUGCCAUCUGAAAGAGGGAGAGGAGAGCAGCUUCUGGUGUGUGUGCGCAGACGGCUUCGAGGGCGAGGCAUGCGAGGUCAACGUGGACGACUGCGACGACAACGACUGCGAGAACAACUCCACCUGCGUGGACGGAAUCAACAACUACACCUGCCAGUGCGCCCCGGAAUACACAGCUGCUAAUCUGAAUGAGGUGGAGAAAGGUGAGCUCUGCGAGGAGAAGCUGGAUUUCUGCGCUCCAGAGCUGAACCUCUGCCAGCACGACUCCAAGUGCAUCCUCACGCCCAAGGGGUACAAGUGCGAGUGCACGCCUGGGUACGUUGGCGAGCAGUGUGACGUGGAUUUUGACGACUGCCAGGAGAACAAAUGUCAAAAUGGCGCUCAGUGCAUCGACGCCGUGAACGGCUACACCUGCGUCUGCCCGGGAACGGACUACGGUGACGGGCUGUUCUGCGAGUUCUCCCCGCCGAUGGUGCUGCCCCGGACCAGCCCGUGCGAUAACCACGACUGCCAGAACGGGGCGCAGUGCGUCGUCCAGGACGCGGACCCCGAGUGCCGCUGCCUGCAGGGUUACCAGGGCGACCGGUGCCAGAGCCUCGUCAGCGUCAACUUCGUGGACCGCGAGUCCUACCUGCAGAUCCCCUCCGGCCUCAUCAGCUCGCAGGCCAACAUCUCUCUGCAGAUCGCCACCGAUGAAGACAAUGGAAUUCUGCUGUACAAGGGAGACAUAGACCACAUCGCCGUGGAGCUCUACAGGGGCCGGCUGCGUGUGAGCUACGACACGGGAUCCUACCCUCCUUCCGCUAUUUACAGCGUGGAGACCAUCAACGACGGGAGCUUCCAUGUCGUGGAGCUCGUGGCAUCAGAACAGACGCUCUCGCUGGCUAUUGAUGGAGGCAGCCCCAAGUCCAUCAGCACCCUGUCCAAGCAGUCCACGCUCAGCAUCGACUCUCCCCUAUACGUUGGAGGCAUGCCAGGCAAAGCCACGGCGGCGGCGCUGCAGCAGAGCGGUGGGGGGCAGAACGGCACCAGCUUCCACGGCUGCAUCCGGAACCUCCUCAUCGACGGGCAGCUGCAGGACCUGGCGCUGUUCCAGCCGCGGGCGGGCAUCCUGCCCGGGUGCCAGCCCUGCCAGAAGAGGGUGUGCGCCCACGGCACCUGCCACGCCACAGGCCGCUCCAGCUUCACCUGCCAGUGCGAGAGCGGCUGGGCGGGCACCCUGUGCGACCAGCAGGCCAACGACCCCUGCCAGGGCAACAAGUGCGCCCACGGGUCCUGCCUGCCCAUCAACUCCUUCUCCUACAGCUGCCGGUGCCAGCCGGGGUACGCGGGCGUGCUGUGCGAGGAAGAGGAGGAGGUCUUCAACCCCUGCCAGUCCAUCAGGUGCAAGCACGGGAAGUGCCGGCUGUCGGGCCUGGGCAAGGCCUACUGCGAGUGCAACAGCGGCUUCACCGGGGACGGCUGCGACAGGGAGAUCGCGUGUCGAGGCGAACGGGUCCGAGAUAACUACCAGAAGCAGCAGGGCUACGCCGCGUGUCAGACGACCGAGAAGGUCUCGCGGUUAGAGUGCCGGGGGGGGUGCGACGGGGGCCAGUGCUGCGGCCCCCUGCGGAGCAAGCGGCGGAAAUACACCUUCGAGUGCACCGACGGCUCGUCCUUCGUGGAGGAGGUGGAGAAGGUGGUCAAGUGCGGCUGCACGAAAUGCCCUUCAUAGAUCAGAAAAACAAACAAAUAAAUAAUAAUAAAUAAAAAAUAUAUAGUUUUUUUUUUGGUUUUGUUACGGUUACGUACGUUACGUGUCCCUUUUUUUUGUAAGGAAAGAGAGAAAGGCGGGGGAAAAAAAACGAAACGAAAAAUCAUCACCUUUUUUUUUUUUUUUUUUUUUUUUUUUUUUUGGCAGUUGCUGGACUUAAUUGAUGCUUCCAUAGUGGAAAUGUUGAAUUAUAUUGUAAAAUACAGAACAAUACUUAUUUUUUAUUAUGAAGUGGAGGAGGAAAGAAAAAAGAAAAAGACAAAAAAAAAACGAGAGUUGACUAUUUUCUUCAUUCGACGUCUGUCACUCCUGGGAUGCACGACGUUGGUUUUGUUUUUUUAUCUUUUGUUGUUUUUUUUGUUUUGUUUUUUUGCUGAAGAAGAACCGAACUGACUGCUCAGUCGUGAAUGAAGAAAUGAAAAUAACCCUUUGGCUGGUCACUGUUUCUGAUUUUUUUUUUUUUUUUUUUUUUGAUGUUAUACGUCAGAAGACUCUUGGGGUGCAGAAACGUGUUGCGGUUAGUCGUUAAGUUUAGAAUCUGGUAAAAGUAGCACACGAAACAAAACUAUUUUUGGAAGAUCUGAAGAUUUGAUUUUUGAAGAUCCGAGAUACUAAAAGUGCGGUCUCCAGGACGACGACGCGGGUUGGUUUUGCGUCACGCGAAAACGGGACGGACUGAAACCCAACGGAGGGCCACGCCUCAGCGAGCCGCAGCACACACACACGCACACGCGCACACACACACACACCCGCACACACACACACACCCACUCACACACACACCCACACACACCUGCACACGCACACGCACACGCACACACACACACACACACACACACACACUCACCCACUCACACACACACAAACACACACGUGAUGUAAAUGUCCACUGAGUACAUCAUCCAUUUUACUCACCCACCCAAGUCCAACCUAUGUACAAAUAGCAGAACCUUAAAUAUUAGUGAGCCUUUUUUCCCCCCAGUAUUAAUGCAUUGUAAUUUAAAUGUUGGGGGGGGGGGGUGGCUGGGAGGGGAGAUGGGGAGGGGGGGGUGGCUGUGAGAACCAUAGGUUAAUGAUAUAUGAUUAGUAAUUUGGUUAAACGAUACAUCUUGUCUUUUUUUUUACCAAGCCUUUGCCAUUUGGCACAGUAUUCUCUAUUAUCACUGACAAGUAUUUAUUGUAUCAAAAAUACCUUUACUUAUGUGCUAGGUCUUCCCCUUAUAUUGCAGUUUUGAGUCUUUUAAUAUAUAUUAAUUUAUAUUUGUCCUGAUAUUUUUGUAUUAAAAAAAAGCGACAAAUUGAUCUGUUGGGAUAGAUUAACUAACAUGGUGUCCUGCUUGGUUUUAAAAUAAAUGACCUGAGACUGUUGUAUUUUCCAGAAACCUUAGGUACAUUUUAAUCUUUAAAAAAUGUGAAGUGAAACAAAACAUUGUAUAUUUUUGUCAAAUCUCCUGAGAAUUUGUACUGUGCCACGAAUAAAGGUCUUUAUAUCAGAGUAUAAAUGUAUAGAGUUAAAUUUUCCCUUUGUAUUUUACAGAGAUUAAAUGGUGUUUAGAGAUGUACCCUAGGAUAAAAAUAGACCUCUUUUUACAAACGUUUUCCUUGAAGCUCCUUACCUUUUUAACAAAUUUAUGCUAAGAAAACUGUGACUUUUUUCUAAAUAAAUCUACUUUGUUAUCUCUAUGUUUCCAAUGUUAACAUGUUGCUGCUAAAUUUGUAAUGUAGACUUGGAUGCUGACGUGUAUUUUAGUGGGUUGUGCUCUUGCUUCAUUAAAAAAAGAGCACAGUGUAUAACAAUAAAAAAAGUGACCCUCUUCUCAAACUUGUGCUUCAUCUGACUUGGACUAAUGUCAGUAUCCUUACUGAUGUUUGUAUAUUAAACAGACUAUUUACAUCAG